AGUGUAAAUUAUGUCAUAAUUUUAAAUAAAACAUACAAAAUUAGGCGGAAUCCACUGGAGUGGACAGGUGUAUUUUCAGUGACAAAAACAAAUGUACAAGAAAUAUAUCAUUAAAAUCUAGGUAUCAAAGAUUUUUUUUUACAUCUUAUUUAGUUGAAAAAUAGUACCCUCCACUAUUUUGAAUUUAUCAUGCAAUAUAUCAAAAUGACAGAGAUGUAAGGAUAAUAAUCAAAUGGAAUUGUAGACCACGCUUUGCCAGUCCGCCAUGUGGUGGUUGGAUACUAUUACUUAAAUGUGUCAAAAUGGCUUCCAAAUAUCUCUCCACUGUAGUGGAUGUCAUGCUCAGCCGGGAGCAUGGUUAGUUCACUUAGUAGAAUGCUCACCCCAUGUACAAGGCUGGGUCCUUACUGCAGUGGCCAGGGGUCGAGUCCUGCUCUUUGCUGCAAGUUACCCCGUCUCUCUUCGCGUUUCCUACAGAUAUCCACUGUCCUGUCUCUCAAAUAAAAGGCCAAAAAGGAUUAGCCAGAGUCAGGGACUGCUAAGAGGGGAUGGCCACAAUGGCUCUUUAGAAACCUGUGGGUGACGUCACAUAGACUUGUCCAUGUCUAUGGUCGUCCCCCAGAACUGGGGUUUAUUAAUACCAUCAUUAUUCUCGCAGACAGCCCAAAAUGGAAUUUUUCAUGUAAGAAGAUAGAUGUGGAUAUAUAAUAGCCAGCAGUUCUAAAAUGAACUGAUGGUGAACUCCAGUGCAGACUGCAGCUCAUAUUCAGCUACAAUAGCUCUUCAUGUGCUCUCAACUGGAAUGAACACCGGAGAAGACAAAUGACAUGCCCAUCAUCCUCCUCUAUAGUUGAUCUCAUUACUAAGUCCUGUUGUUCAGGGUGGACUUGAACCAAAUACAAAAAUACAGCUUUUCAACUAAUGUUCUCACCAAAGAAGAUACAUCACAGGUAUUAUCUCUGAUAACACUGCCUCUGGUUUUGCAAAUGGUUUUCUUAAUAAAAUCACAGUGUCUAAUUAUAUUUAACAUGCUAAUCAAAACACAGCCUGAAGCUGUAAUGUUUUAGUAACACUGAUAUGCAUAUGAAUGUAUUCCUAGCCACUAUAACCAUCACAUUAGUAUUUUAUUUUUCUUCAUCUAUCUUCCAGCAGACCAAUUUGGCUCUCUCUCCCCUGUACACACUGCAUAGUAACUGCCUACUUUAUCUUUAAAAAAUAUUCCUCCUUUUGUAUUUUUAUAUCUACAUUUACGUUUCCCUUCACACCACAGCUCCUGUUCCUUUGCAGACAUUUCCUGCUGUAAUUUGAGGCACUACCAUGAGUGAUUUCAGUCCCCUGACCUGAACUCUGCUUCUGUUCUUUCUUGUUGCCACCGUGGUCUUAACUUGAUUUAAAUUCAAACGGACCUCCAUGAGCUUGGCCAAUCAGAUGUUCUGCAUGAUUACUUAUGGCUGAGCCCUCUCUGAAAUCAAAGGCUGCUGUCCUUUUUUGUCUGCCUGUAAGCAGCCAUCAUGUUUUCACACUUGUUUGUGGAUAUGAUACAUCCACAUAUUGUUGUUAGAGUCUGAAUCAAUAUGAGCUAUAGUUCACAAGAAUGCACUCUGACUUCAAGUGGUGUUCCAUUGUACUUUUCUUGUUGGAGGUUGGAAAUUUCUGAGUGGCCUGGAAUGCACCAUGACUUUGUAGCGAUGUCAACAUGAUCACAGAUCCAAGCAGUUCACUUGAGUACAAUGUUGCAGUCACCAAUAAAAGCAAUUAUUAUCUGUCCUCGCUGACUGUAUGUUCUGAACAUGCUCUUCACUUUAAAAUGGUCUUAUCCCAUAUCUUUCUGCUGUUGUCUCCUGCAGUGAUCGUGGUUCUGUUCACAGCGUUGAAACGCCAAAGAAAGCAGGAACCUCUCAUCAUCUCCAAGGAGGAUGUCCGGGACAAUGUGGUGAGCUACAACGACGAGGGCGGAGGGGAGGAGGACACCCAGGCUUUUGACAUCGGAGCACUGCGACAUCCAGACGCUGCGGCCACCUUGGAGGACUCUGCCAAACAAAGGCGUGACAUCAUGCCCACUGACACCCUGCUGUACCGACAACGCUGCUGCCCUGCCCCCGCCAUCUCCAGCCUCAUCAUGCCGCCAGUCUGCAGACCAUCACGGGAUAACGGGGACGUACGCGAGUUCAUCAAUCAGAGAGUGCUGGAGAAUGACUGCAACCCCACUGCACCGCCAUACGAUUCCCUGGCCACCUAUGCCUACGAGGGAGCAGGCUCAGUGGCCGAGUCGCUGAGCUCACUGGGCUCAGCGUCAUCUGAGGCUGAGCAGGACUACCACUACCUGAGUGAAUGGGGGCCUAGGUUCAGGAAACUAGCAGACCUGUACGGGGCUGAGGACAGUGACUUCUCCUAACAAAGACACCACAAACAGGUUCGGAAAAGAUUUUGACGAAUGCAGGGCUAAGGACAGCAACAUCUAACCACAAACUCAGAUUGUUACUGAUGAGCUUGUGAGAACCUUUUAAAAUACAGAUGACACACCCCACAUGAAGAACCAACAGAUGUGCUGGCAGAUUCUGUUUAAUGAGAAGAACGCUGCCUGAUCUUUUACCUGAAUCCAUGUACAGGGGUACAUGGAUUCAAAAAUGCUUACUAAGGCGUUUUCAAAAGGGACUCAAGUCUUAAAUAUCUGAUUUUGGGAAUGACAACUAAUUGAUGUAGAAAUGUAAAUUAACCAGCAGGACUUGAGAGCACAAAAUGCUUCAGUUCCGCCAGUGUGAACCUCUUUAAAGGCUAACUUCAGGCCUGAAAGGACUUUUGAAUCCGGACUGAAUUUUGUAUUGAGAAUUUGACUUUUAAUGAUUUCAGGCUUUGCUUUAAUAUCUCCUUGGUUACCAAAUAAUUACAUGGCAGAGUGUUUCUUGUGGCUUUACAUGUGCCGUUCAAGGCAAACUGAAGAAGAAAGCGUUGGGGAACCAGGUCAACAAAACCCCAGUGUAGUUAUUUCAGGACCGGAUAACAAACAAUUACCUCUGCACAUAUGAAGUGAAGAGUGUGGGGAAGACAUGUAUUUUUCUCUUUUUGACUAAGUGCCCUUCUGCUUCCCUUCAAGCUGAGCUGUGGAGGCCUGUAGGUUGGCUGACACUGGAGGGGGCUAAUGACUCCUACAUGACCUUGUCUUGUACAAAAGGACCAUUCCAGAGGAGCCGAAGGAUCCUCGCCUGAAUAUUGCCUUCUUCGGGACACAGAGUAAAAAGAAAACAAGUCAUAUGAGUAAAUGCACUGAUUUCUUUAUGUUUUACGCAGGUUUGAAACUUUUUUUAUGCUGCACACAAAAAGAGGAUAAUGUUCAUGACAUCAUUUCCAGUUUAUAGCUCUAGAUUAUGUGUAUACUGUGUCACAAAUGUGGUUGAUCUGAGGUAUACUGGGAGUAUACCAAGUUCUAUAUAUAUUUCAUUUCUUUUUCUAUAACAAAACUUCAGAUAUAACACAUGAUGUUGAACAAUGAUAAAUAAAGCGUUGAUAAUAUGUUUCAUAUUUACAUGAGGGAAAUGGGGAAGCCCUUCCUUCACAGUAGAGCUGUCACUUUUUAUUCAAAAAUUCCAAAUACUGUUGGAGUGUGAAUGAACUUACCAAAUUACAAGUGUUUCACAUCAAGCCAUUUCUUAUAAUAUUUCUAUAAUAUCAAUGGAUCAAAUGACUACAUUGAAUUUGGAAGAGGAGUGUGCAGGCGUUAAUGCUCAAUUGCCAGAUCCGAUUUUUUUGAUAGUUCACAUCAUUGUUUAGAUGUGGCCUAUACAAGGGUCUGCGCUAGACGGAGCCACGGUGAAUGAAAAAACUCAAAUGAAAAAAAAGAUACAAUUUGACUAGAUAGCCUACUUAACUAUGACAGAAGCACAAAAAUAAAGGAUAACUGACCAAAUCAACAACAUCUGAAUAAGUCAUCAAAAUAAGACAGGCAUAACGCUCUUAUUCUGAAGUCCUCUAUGUGGAAUAUGAAGCCGUGCAGAGAAAGAAACAAAACGUGAUCGGUAGUAGAAGCACAAGAAAAUACAAAUAAAUAAGUCAACAACAUGGAACAGGCAAAACACACAGCCACAAUGCUGUUCACGCUGAAAUGUAGAAAUAUGACCAUCAGAAAAGUAAGGAAACAAUAAAACAUAACAUCAUAAAACAGUAAAAUAUUCAGACCAUAACGGACCUUAAAAAUACAGGAUUGCAGAUUUUGGAUAGCACGAGGCGAGACAAAGGCGAGUUUGAAUAAUAGAGUCUUCAGCUAUUUUUUAAGUUGGCAACAGAGACCGCAGAACAUAUGUCUAAAGAAAGAGCGACCAAUUCAAAGACAUGAUCACUUUUUUUAGUCGAGCACGAGGAACCUAAGUGGCCUAGUAGAUAGAAGGGUGGAGCAGGUCAGAGAUCAACAUAGGGGCUAGGGUUAGCCAUUCGGGGCCCUACAUGUGAAAAGAAGAAGCUUAAAAAAAACUUGAUAGGAAGCCAAUUUAAAGACAAUGUUACUAACCUAGAUCACUCUGUGUGGACAGCAACAAACAGUUACAACCUGACACCAUAUUACAAACUACAUGUGCUGAAAAAAUAUAUUCAAUAUGUGAAUUAAUAAACAGCAUUUACUUUAUUAUUGUUAUUAUUUCUUUAUGUACUGGUUUAUCUGCUUAUGUUUAAUUAGCCCUCCCUUGUGUCUCAUUCACAGACAGAGGUUUUGUUGUUAAAUGUUGUAAUUGACCGACACUGGAAGCAGAACAUUUAUCACCUGCUUUGAUAUCACAGCACUGAAGCAAAAUGUCAGAAUCAAAACAGACAACCUCGAUGCAACAUUAAAAACAACAUCAGCAUCCAAGUGAGGGAUGAACCCAUGAGGUGAACAUCAUUUACUGAUCCAGGACUUGUGUGUUUUGGCAAUUGCAGUUAAAGCAGCAGUUUGUUCCAGUUGUGUUUUGUGACUGUCGUCUCUUCUGAAGGCUAAAAACAAUAAUGUCCACACAUUUUCUUUAUAAUUGUAAUUCAUUAUUUUUUGUACCAAAUAUUUAUAGGACACAAUGGUGAUAUUCCUGGAGGGGGGAAAAAAUUUAAAUUCAGUCCAGCUUCACUGUUUUUAAUGUAAUUUUGGAAAUGUGCUGUGGGCAGUCUACCGUCGGUAUAUGAUGUAUUAUCAAGUUGUUUAGUUUUAUUAAAUAAACUUUUACAGUGAAA